AUGGCGGCGCUUGGGCGUGAGGCUGGGGCUGACCUGAAGGAUGCAGGUGUGUUGCCGGUCAGAACUGGGGAAGCGUCCAAGGACAUCAGAAUGGCAACAUACACACAUGGUCAGCCCAGUGUUUCUCUAGGAGAUGAAAAAUUCAGAAGACCCAUGGUCAUCGAAAUCAUAGAAAAAAAAAUGGAGUAUCUUAGAAAAGAAAAGACUUUAAAUGUGUAUGGCACAGUGUUCUUUGGAACAGCAGCUAGUUUCUCUGGAAUGUUGGCGAACUUCAUUUUCAGACACUGCUUCAAGGUUAAACAUGAUGCUUUGAAGACUUAUGCAUCAGUGACUACACUUCCGUUUUUGUCUACUGUAGUCGCUUAUAAGUUCCUUGUAACAGAUGCUUUGUAUUUGGGCAAUAUAAGCCAGGAAAAUUGUGUUCUGAGAAGUUCACUGGUUGGCAUAGUAUGUGGUGUUUUAUAUCCCACUGGUUUGGCUUUUUCUAAAACUGGACGCCUGGCAGUCAAGUAUCAUACUGUUCCAUUGCCACCAAAAGGAAGGGUUUUACUUUACUGGUUGCUGCUUUGUCAAACAGAGGUAAAAGCAAUGAUGAUUCCUCUGGUCUUUCAGACAGUCUUUGGAAUACUUAAUGGUCUACGGCAUUAUGCAAUAUUUGAAAGUACACUUGAGAAAACUGUACGUGAUGAUUAAUCAAAGAGUGAAUGAAUACUAAAUCAGCAGAAUGGGAUUUUUUUUAUGAUGAGGAAUCCGGCAUUGCUGAAGGAGUUAAAACUAACUCCAGACAGUUUGUUUCUGUUCCUCCUGCUUAGUCUAUAGC